AGAGAGAGAGAGCGCUGGUGGGAAUGUACUACAGCUCAGGCUGGAGGAGCGAAGGCUGUCCGGUCAGACGACUCCGCAGUUUUCCCCCCCUCGCUCUUUGUGGACGGAGAAACCCGCAUCCGAAGGCGCGUGACGGCGGCUGCGGGAAGUGUCCACGCAGCGCUAAUGUGGAGCUCCACUGCGGUGUUACACUCACUCCGGUAACGCGGACCUCCGAUGGAAGACGGGUGGUCUGGAGGCGCCAGGAGACCCAAAGGGCUGUCACGCUGACCACACAGAUCCGCCCGUGCUGCCGGUGGCCGGUCUGAGCUCAUGGUGCACGCCCACCGCCACUGGCAUGAAGUAACGGCGCCGCUGCACACACUCAAACCCAAGCAGGAUGUCGUGGGCCAGAGGCCGUUUCGUGGGCAGGGCGGACGAGCGCAAGACCGCGUGGGGCGAGCGCAACGGCAAGCGGCGCAAGGACGGCGCCUUCCUGUGCGGCGCGCGCUACAUGAGCUGCCUGCGGGACCCUGAGGAGCCGGGGCCCCCCGGCGCGGCCCCCCGGCGCCCGCGCUGCGGCCCGGGCCCCGGCGCCGGCGCCUUCGGCCUGCGCUGCGGCUGGCAGGAGGACCACUACGGCAGGAGGCUGGGCGCCGGCGCCGACCUGGGCCCCAGGGCCGUGGACCUGGGCUUCGACGGCGACGCGGACCCGAAGGAGGGCGGCCGCGGGGCGGUGAGCGCCGCCGACUGCUGGACGCGCGUGCUGUGGGUUUUCCAGUCCAAGAAGUUCCAGUCGGCCAAGCUGGAGCGCCUGUACCAGCGCUACUUCUUCAGGCUCAACCAGAGCUCGCUCACCAUGCUGAUGGGCGUGCUGGUGGUGGUGUGCGGCAUCAUGGUGGUCUUCCACUGCGUCCACCCGGCGCCGCGCGUGGCCUACGUGCUGCUCCUGUCCGUCGCCAUGGCGCUGUUCCUGUGCAUGAUGGUGGUGUGCAACCGCAACGGCUUCCACCAGGACUACAUGUGGAUCGUGAGCUACCUGGUGAUCGGCGUGCUGGUGGCGGUGCAGGUGUUCGGCGUGCUGAUGGUGCGGCCGCGCAGCGCCUCGGACGGCGUGUGGUGGACCGUCUUCUUCGUCUACAUCAUCUACACGCUGCUGCCGGUCCGGAUGAGGGCGGCCGUGCUGAGCGGCGCCGCGCUGUCCGCGGUGCACGUGGCCACGGCGUGGCAGCUCAACCGCGAGGACAAGUUCGUGUUCAAACAGACCAGUGCCAACGUGCUGAUCUUCCUGUGCACCAACAUGAUCGGGAUCUGCACCCACUACCCUGCAGAGGUCUCCCAGAGACAGGCCUUUCAGGAGACGAGGGGAUACAUCCAGGCCAGACUGCACCUGCAGAGGGAGAACCAGCAGCAGGAGCGCCUACUGCUGUCCGUGCUGCCACAGCACGUUGCUAUGGAGAUGAAGGCUGACAUCAACGCCAAGAAGGAAGAUAUGAUGUUUCACAAGAUCUACAUCCAAAAACACGACAACGUGAGCAUUCUGUUUGCCGACAUCGAGGGCUUCACCAGCCUGGCGUCCCAGUGCACGGCCCAGGAGCUGGUCAUGACGCUCAACGAGCUCUUCGCCCGCUUCGACAAGCUGGCCUCGGAGAACCACUGCCUGCGCAUUAAGAUUCUGGGGGACUGUUACUACUGUGUGUCCGGACUGCCCGAACCGCGGGCCGACCACGCCCACUGCUGCGUGGAGAUGGGAGUCGACAUGAUUGAAGCCAUCUCGCUGGUGCGAGAGGUGACCGGCGUGAACGUGAACAUGCGGGUGGGCAUCCACAGCGGCCGCGUCCACUGCGGCGUUCUGGGCCUGCGCAAGUGGCAGUUCGACGUGUGGUCCAACGACGUGACGCUCGCCAACCAGAUGGAGGCCGGGGGCAAAGCCGGACGUAUUCACAUCACCAAAGCCACGCUGCAGUAUCUGAACGGCGACUACGAGGUGGAGCCCGGGUUCGGAGGCGAGAGGAACGCGUACCUGAAGGAGCACUGCAUUGAGACCUUCCUGGUGCUGGGCUGCAGCCAGAAGAGGAAAGAGGAGAAAGCCAUGAUGGCCAAGAUGCAGCGAGUGCGGGAGAAUUCUGCGGAGGGAGCGAUGCCGCGCUGGGUCCCGGACCGGUCCUUCUCCAGAAUGAAGGAGUCCAAAGUGUACCGGCAGAUGGGCAUCGACGAAGCAUCCAGCAAAGACAACCGUUGCACUCAGGAGGCCCUGAACGCCGAGGACGAGGUGGACGAGUUUCUGGGACGGGCCAUCGACGCGCGGAGCAUUGACCAGCUGAGGAAAGACCACGUCAAGAAGUUCCUGCUCACCUUUCAGACCGACGACCUUGAGAAAAAGUACUCACUGAAGGUCGACGAUCGCUUCGGGGGGUACGUCGCCUGCACCCUCCUCGUUUUCUGUUGCAUUUGCUUCGUUCAGAUUAUCAUUUUUCCAAAAACCACGCUCAUGCUCGGCCUUUACAUCAGCAUCUUCCUCAUCCUUUCCAACCUCCUCUUCAUCUGCGCCAUCUACUCCUGCAUCAAACUCUUUCCAGCUGCCUUGCAGACUGUGACCAGGAAAAUUGUCCAGUCACGCACGAACAGCACACUGGUGGGCGUCUUCACCAUCCUCCUCCUCUUCGUCUCCUCCUGUGCUAACAUGUUCAGCUGCAGCACCGACAAACUGCAGGACUGCGUGGCCCGUGAGCUCAACGCCUCCGUGAACCUGUGCCUGCUGCACAACCUGACCAGGGCGGCGGCGGACGGCGUGACCCUGUGUCCCGGCCAGGCCCUGCCCUGCCACUUCCCCGAGUAUUUCAGCUACAGCGUGCUGCUGACCCUGCUGGCCUGCUCCGUGUUCCUCCACAUCAGCAGCAUCGGCAAGCUGGCUCUGAUGCUGCUCAUCCAGCUCACGUUCCUCCUGCUGGUGGAGUGGCCUCAGGUCGCCCUGUUUGACAACGCAGACCUGCUGGUCACUGCCAACACCCUGCAAUUACCACCUGUUAACGAUUCCCUUCCACAGCCUGGUUUCAAUGAAUCUACAGGACAGUGCUUUCAGAAUGUGGCCAAAGUCCCCCUGAAGGUCAUGACCCCAGUAAUCCUGCUGGUGUUUGUUCUGGCUCUCUACUUACACGGCCAGCAGGUGGAGUCGACCGCGCGCCUUGACUUCCUCUGGAAACUGCAGGCCACGGAGGAGAAGGAGGAGAUGGAGGAGCUGCAGGCGUACAACCGCCGCCUGCUCCACAACAUCCUGCCCAAAGACGUAGCGGCCCACUUCCUGGCGCGGGAGCGGCGCAACGAUGAGCUGUACUACCAGUCGUGCGAGUGCGUCGCUGUCAUGUUCGCCUCCAUCAGCAACUUCUCGGAGUUUUACGUGGAGCUCGAGGCUAACAACGAGGGAGUCGAGUGUCUCCGGCUGCUCAAUGAGAUCAUUGCUGAUUUUGAUGAGAUCAUCAGUGAGGAGAGGUUCCGUCAGCUGGAGAAAAUCAAGACCAUCGGCUCCACCUACAUGGCAGCCUCCGGCCUCAACGAUUCCACGUACGACAAAGAGGGGCGCUCACACAUCCUGGCCUUGGCCGACUACGCCAUGAGGCUUAGGGAGCAGAUGAAGUACAUAAACGAGCACUCAUUCAACAACUUCCAAAUGAAGAUAGGGCUGAACAUGGGGCCUGUGGUAGCAGGAGUGAUUGGAGCCAGGAAACCCCAGUACGAUAUAUGGGGGAACACAGUGAAUGUGGCCAGCCGCAUGGACAGCACGGGGGUCCCAGACUACAUCCAGGUGACCACAGACUUGUAUCACGUGCUGGUCAACAACGGGUACCAGCUGGACUGUCGAGGCGUGGUCAAGGUGAAGGGGAAGGGGGAGAUGACCACGUACUUUCUCACCAGCGGUCCCACGGGCAGUUAGCGGCGGACGAGGCCGACCGCGGAGCGACCCCCACUGCGCUGGCGCCACAGAAACUGUACAGAG